AUUUUCACCAGUUCUGGACCCAUGCACAGCAGAUUCUCUGGCUUCAUGUCCCGAUGAAAGAACCCUGUGGAUUGACCCGACCUGCAGGGAUUGGAAAUGUCAAUGCCGACUGGAUGGGUUCUCUGCCCCCCAAGCUCAGUGCCAUGCCCCUCAAACACCUCGCCGUGCCAGGGUCUCAUGAUUCCUUUACCUACUGGGUGGAUGUGCAUGCUCCUGUUGGCCCCGACCAGAAGGCAUUUGUGAAGUACCUGGCCACCAUGUUCAGCGUGUUAGCCAAGAAGGUCAUGGUGAAGUGGGCCAUGACCCAGAAUCUGACAUUUAAGGAGCAGCUGGAAGCAGGAAUCCGAUACUUUGAUCUACGAGUCUCCUCCAAGCCACGGGAGUCCGGAAAGGAGAUCUACUUCAUCCAUGGUCUGUUUGGCCACAAGGUGAGCGAAGGCUUGUUAGAAAUCAACUCCUUCUUAAGCAAACACAGGAAAGAGGUAGUGUUUCUAGACUUCAACCACUACUAUGCGAUGGGCGCAGAGCAUCAUGUGUACCUCCUCACCAUGCUGCUGGAAGUGUUUGGCAGCAAGCUUUGUAACAUGUGUGCAGUGGACAGCAUCACUCUGGACUACCUCUGGAAGAAUAAAUACCAGGUGAUUGUGUUCUACCACCAUCCAUCAGCUCAGGGCAUCCCUGUCAUGUGGCCCGGCAACAAGAUCCCUGCUCCUUGGGCCAACACCACCGAACCCAACAAGCUCACGCAGUUCCUGGAAGCUACACUGAAAGACAGAUCAAAUCAUGGCUCCUUCCACGUGUCUCAGGCCAUCCUCACACCCAGGGUCAACACUGUGGCCAAGGGCCUGCUGUGGGGGCUGCGCAACUACCUGGUGGAGAGGAACCUGCCCACCAUCAUUUCCUGGGUGGAGGCUCAGAGGCCGGGGCUGGACGGGGUCAACAUAAUCACCUCGGACUUUGUGGAGCUCACUGACUUUGCAAACAUUGUCAUCAAACUCAACAACCUGCUGCUGUCUGAACAGGAGCGAAAACAAAGAUGACACGUGUUUGCACGACAGGACAAAUAUGUGCUGACCCACAGCGUAUUGGAGGUCGGAGGUCGGACUGCAGAUUCUUCCAAAAACAUUGUCGGAUAAGGGUUUUCUACAUAAUGCUGGAGUUCCUUAAGUCAUUUUUAAAGGAUUUUUUUAAACCCAUAAAAUGACCAUUCCUAUAUCAAUUAAUAACUCUUUGUUACGUUGAAUUGUUACAUAUCUCCAAUGUUUAUGACGUUUUUACUUUUCUGUAUAUACAGUAUAAUUGAUUUUCUUUAACCCUUUCACGCAUAGGGGUCACUACAGUGGACAGCUUUUCAAAAGGUGUUUUCUUGUAUGCAUGGGUUUUGAUGGCAUAGUUGCACCAUCAGCCACUACAUAGGACCAUAUUGCAUCAUCCCAUACACUGCCACUCAGUGGAAAGUCAGUGCAAGUGCAUGAUAAAUGUCUCUAAACCAAGAUGAACGACAGAAAGCCAGAUGUCACCUGCCGAUAUCCUGCCGAUAUCCUUUCAGGGAAAGCGCUCCCUGCAGGUAUAACACAUUUGGUGACCUCAAGUAACAACUAAGGAAUCAUAUCAUUCAUAAAUUGUCAAAGUAUUGAUUUUAUGUUUGCAGGAAAUCCACUAAAGUGGACGUCAUGCAUCACUGGCUAUAUUUCAACUAAAAUUCAUACUGUUACUGCUACUGUUCUUCUUGAAAAUACUUCCUUUGCAAUAUCUUUUCGGCCUUAAAUAUAUAUACUUAAGUUAUUAUAAUGUAAUUUUAAGUUUGCACAUCUUUAUUUAUCAUUUUUUCCAAAUGUUCAGUUUAGACUUUAACGCAUUCCUGAGUGGACAUAUAAAACAUUUAUUUUCUAAAUUUGAAAAAACUAGAGUUAAAAGUUAAAGUUAAAAUCUUGUUUGUAAUGCCCCAAGAGCAAUAAAAAGACACUUGGUAAAAAAAUCCUGAGUGAGGCUUUCAUAAUUCAUGCAAGAAAGGGUCAUGGAUCCUUUAUUGUAUAAAUGUUGUGCUAUUUAAAAUGCUAUAUUUAUAGGUAUUGAAUUUGGUUUACAGAGUACUAGCACAUUUUUAUAAAGAAUUGUUAAAGAAAAUAUUCAGCUUGAUGGUAUUGGAAUUGGUAUACACUUAAUUGUAAACAGAUGUUCAGUGAGCUAAAGUUGGCUUUUUAACUAUGCACUUGGCGGUUUUCCAAUAAUGAAAAGUACGGGUUCUAGUUUUUUUGUUUCUAUGUUAAGUCACAGGUCGUGAAAAAGCAGCCCGCUGUGCCAACACCUUCUCAGUAUUGUCAAGCUAUUCCAUUAAACUAGAGCCUCAAUCCGUUGCACCUUUAUGCGGGGAUCGCCGAGGUACAUAUGUGUGGAAGUUGUGCCACAAUGCUCAU